AUGGACGACGAUAAAGUGAAUUUCGCCGAGCUGCUACAGCGCGUUCCCACCGAAUCGUGGUACGCACUAUUCGUAUACAUUCUCUACACCGCUUUUCUCGCUCUCAAUGUAUAUAUGGCCAGAGCGUUCACCUCGUAUUUUCCCCUCUACAUCGCUCGUGUGCUGCGCGAGUUCAUCGCCACGUUCUCCUAUUGCGCCUGUCUUUAUGGAGAUGAAAUCUUAUUGCAUUACUUCGGAUACAUUGGAUUGUUCGCCGGAAUAUUACUCCAUUUCUCCGUUUUUCAACGUCUCAAUAAGAGAAACGGCGAGAAUUUGUUGAUAAUCGGAGAAGAAGUGCUUCGUAUGAAUAUCUACGUUCUAGACUAUGGUUUGGUUAUUGUAGCUCAAAUAUCCGCUGCGUUCUGCUCCCGUUACUAUGCUCUCCUCAUAUUGGACACUACUCUUGUACCCGUUUCAGAGAUUUGUCAUCUCAAACACUUGUUCUAUGAAAAUGAUGCUCUUCAACCAAUACUCAUCAUUGUGGUCCUUCUAGAAUUCCUUGGUGGUGCCGCGCUUCAUAUGAUCUUGAGACAAUUUCAGAAACGUAUUGAAACCAUUGCGUUUUUCUAUGCACUGAUUUUCACUAUUUCUCACUACGCUGUCGGAGUUUUCGCACCGCACCCGAUGAUUUUCAUGUCUCGUUACGCCUAUUGCUCGGUUGAUAUGGUCACAGAGGAAGCUCUUUUAGCUUUCCUGGUUCAUAAUCUCGUUCCAUUAAUCGGAUGGAUGUUUGUCCCAAUUGUGACCCGAAAACCGACAACUUUGAGAUCAGUCUGGGGACAGAGAUUUGAAGAAAUGGAGGAGAAAUCUCAAGCGCCGCAGGGUGGAAAUAACAAGAAAAGGCGUUAA